AUGUCUACCGCUGCGCGCCGCCGCCUGAUGCGUGACUUCAAACGCAUGCAAACCGAUCCUCCAGCAGGCGUCUCUGCAUCCCCCGUACCCGACAAUGUCAUGACGUGGAACGCUGUGAUAAUAGGACCAGCCGACACGCCUUUCGAGGAUGGCACAUUUCGUCUGGUGAUGCACUUUGAGGAACAGUACCCUAAUAAGCCACCGUCCGUCAAGUUCAUCAGCCAGAUGUUCCACCCCAAUGUUUAUGCCACUGGCGAGCUCUGCCUCGACAUCCUCCAGAACCGAUGGAGUCCAACGUACGAUGUGGCCGCCAUCCUGACCAGCAUUCAAAGUCUUCUCAACGACCCCAACACCGGCUCGCCUGCCAACGUCGAAGCCUCCAACCUUUAUAAGGAUAAUCGGAAAGAGUACACCAAACGAGUACGCGAGACGGUCGAGAAGAGUUGGGAUGAUUGA